GGUGGGCUCUCCAGCACUCUGCGGACAGGAGUGUCUCUGAGGUAAGUGGCUGAGUCAGGACUGAAGACUGCCAGUGCCAAGGACUGCUGUGUAGCAUGGGGACAGACUGGGCAUGGAGAGUAUGAUGCAGGUACAUCAUGGGCAGAGAAGGAAGCAAGGGCCAGCCCUGGAACGAAACACCAGGUGAACAGAGGCAGUCCAGCCGCAGUCCCAGACUGGCAGGGAGAGAUCUGAUAUAGAUAUGCAUGACACAAACAAAAUUUUACAGUGGCACAACCUUAGACAAUCCUCUAUAGGUUAUGGACUUAAAAAUGUGGGUUCAGAAAAUCACCACAAGUCUUGUGGUAUGGCCUCCUCCUCUCCUCAAAGACAGUGCUCAAGCUCAGGUGUGAAUCUGGGCAUGCUUGUCAUGAGGAGGAGGUACAUCUUCAUCCCCCACAGACCCAGCAGAUCCCAGGAUGUUCUUUCAGAUUUCGGAUGCAGCCUGAGACCUGCAUGAAAGGGAAAUGCAGGUGCAAAGCAGCAAGCAGAGGUUCAGAAGAUAAGUGAGCUGUGCUAGUGUACUAUCACUUGGAGAUCACUUGGAGUGCUGGGAGAGGAAAGGCUCAGGAAGGGCUGUCUUGCUGAAAGAACGAAGAAGAAACUAAGAAGAAAGCUACUGGAAUGGGCAUAUUUUUGAAGGAAGGAACUUGGAGAAGCCUGUCCGAAUUCUUGAAAAAUACUUCUAGACCCAAGUUUCACAUUAAGCCCUUUCCAAGUCUGCAUGGUCCUCUUGCAUGCAAAGUGCAUGAAUUGACAUUUUUCCAGUUGCUAGCUGGUUUCAGUAAAUUCUACAUAAUGGAUCAGCAUUUCUGCUGAUGCUGUGUGAGAGCACAUAAAUCAGAGGGAAUGGCUGUCCAGAGGCCGUGGCACAUGUAUAUAUCGUAUCACACUAUAACUGAAGCCAGCACAACUCACCACUGGCCCAUCUCUAGGGAUCACUGUGCUGCCUUCAAUGGCUGUGUAGUGACUGCCCUUCCCCAUUGCACACUUUCAUCUACAGUUUCCUCUUCGUGGCAUUACACUGUAAAGGCCUAACACUGAGAAAACACCAAGCCUACCUAUUGCACAGCCCAUAGCCCAACACCCACGUGGAGGUAUGUGAGUGUCAUGGUGCAGUCUCUGCUUCCACAGUAUCUCCAACUUCCCUGCAUACAUCUGAUAUUAAUUCCCACACAGUGAGUACAAUUUGUUCUUGUUGCUGCUGUUGUCCACUUUUUAAAAUUUGUGUUCACUGCAGGGCUGGUACCAACUGCCCAAAUAUGAAGAGACAUUAAUUUUUAUGAAUGAGCCACUACAGGCGACAGUGAGCAGCGGAAAGCCUGGCAAUAUGCAAUACAAAAAAUAGCAGCUGAUCCCUUUACUGCUGGUUUACUAAUUUGCUCCUCGGCAUCCCACUUGCAAACAAAUAAGGUAGCCAAGGGAAAAAACGAAGGGGGAAAAAUGUCCUAACUAAUCACUUAACUUCCAUAGGCUGAAUGUCUAGCACCUCAGAAUCAAGUCUGAAAAAACAAAGUAAAGAAUAUAAUGCUGGGCAUUGGUGCAGACUGGGGAUGAGUGACUGUGAAACUUUAUUUUACCAGUUUUGUCCAUCUGGGCAAGUUCAAGCAGAGAUUGUUGGGUGUCUGAGAGUUUCUUUCCAAGAAUAUCUAGGUUAGAGUCCUUAGCCUACUAGUGGCCUUCCUUGUUCUCCUAGUAGUAAUGCCACAAAGCGCUGACAUCUGACAGCCAUCAGUUCCACCUGCUAAAAGCUGAUGCUUCUGGAGUACAGUAUGAGAAACGAUCUUCUGAGUAGCGAGCAAUGAGGCUUACCGGUCCCAGAACUGGGACCAGGCAGUCUGGCAAAAAGCAAAACAAAAUCUUACAGCAAAGGCUGGGAAAAGCAAUAUUAAUAUACUCUCACCUGAAUCUUAAUUAAGAAAUAUUCAAGAAUUUUUGGUAGUGAAAUGACAGCAUUUCUGACUAGUGUUAUUCUCAGGUCUGAAGUAAUUUGCUAAGGAUAAAGAAACAGCAUUGAAAUGUUCAUUAAUUUGUAUUAAGACUGCUAACAAAGGACUAACCAUGGCAUGUUUUAAUGUUCAAAGCAAAUUGCAGAGCAGAUGAGAGUCUGUAAUAAGGCACUGACAUUCCUAAUUAAUAUGAGCAUUACAUUUUUUUGCAUCAAGGAAGAGAAUGGGCAGUGGAGAAGAAUUCAUGAAGCAAAACAUCUCUGAGCACACUUGAAUAUGAAUUACUGCCUUAAACAGUGCAACCUGAAGAAGCCUUGGUCUAUUCAGUGUGAUCCACUGAUCCAUCAGGGUUCAGCCUGAGAACAGAUGUACUGCAAAAAUUCUCAGUUAUAAUGUCUUUCUGCUCAUCAGGACCAAGAAAACAUUAAAGCUACAACCAGGAGGUAGGGAAAAGGGGGGAAAAGUAGAGGAUAAGUCUCAUGGUAAAUGUGAUUGUUUCACAUAGGAUGCCACCAAGACAAAAUUAUUGGGGCUUGCAGGAAAAUACUUGAGGUUAACAACACAACAGCAGGAGAACAGCAAGGGAAAAAUACUGCCGCAGGUGGGCUGGGAUAGAAUGUCCUGGCAGCUUGUGAGAAAGGGUCGGGAGCUGUGAGAGAAGACAGGCUAAAGGACUGUAGAUGGAAUGCCCUUAGCAACACACAGGUUCAGGCACUGUGCAACACUUGCUUUUACAGAUGGCAAACUAUGUGUAUGCAUCACUUCCAAGGCACAGACUUUCAUGGCUACAGUACCACUAAGGAUAUUAAUGAGGUAAGAUACGGCAGAAGUAACAUUUUCUGCUUUACAGCUGACAAAAAUCAGAACCUGAAGUAGCACUUGCUCGAUAACCGUGCAUCAUUUUUCUAGUUAUAUCAAUCAAAUUAAGAAGCCUCACAACUUUUGCUCUGUGUUUUUUUUCCAACAGCAUCACUUUGCACUGUAUGUAAGGCCUCAAGCUGGGGCAGAACUCAGCCACAUCAGUCUGGAACAGCUUCUUGGAGCACCUGCUGCCCAUGUCUGAGAAAUCUCAGAAUUGCUGCAGCUGGUCCAUUUCCAAAUCACAGGUUUCUCCCAGGGCCUGAAGAUGAGCAUCCAAAUAUGUUCUGGUUAUGUCUGUCCCAGGUGCACAUGCAGAAGGUUCAUGCUGUUGGCUGCAGUCUGACCAUAGCAGCACUUUGGGCCACACCACAAUGCUGGUGCAGCCCAGGCCUACCUACCUUUUUGACAAGCACUCAUCAGCAUGGGAAACGCAGCCUGAAUUAACUGCUGAUAGGCCCCUUACUGACAGGAAAGCCAGGCUUGGUGAAGCUGUGAUACUGAGCAGAAAGGAAUACAAAGGUAACAUGGCCAAAGAUGAAAGAAAAAAUGUAACAGAAAGCUUGGAUGCUACUCCAUGAGACUAAGAGCCUUCUGUGUUGUAGGGACUGCUUUUGCAUUGAGAUACUUGGGAAAAGGCAUAUAUGUUUGAGGAGCAGGGGCUGAAAACAGGAUACCUCACUUCAUCCUUGGUGCCUCAGGGUAGUUUUCAACUUGUGUCAAUGUUUUAAUAAAGCUGCUCUUGCAGGAUUGCUCGGAUGGUGAACACGCUCACUCCAAUAGAUCAAGAUUUCAAACGAGAAUUUCUCCUGAGCGAGAAGCAAUAAGAACAAAACUGGGCUUUCAGGUGCUCCAGGCAUUCACUGCAGCCUUCUGUACCAGUGAGGGUGCUGCCAAAGCUAGCAGUUUUGUAGUACCUUCUCCUGUACUGCACCAGCCUGGAUACACAAAGACUAACAAGCUGGUAUUAAGACAAUGUACCUCAGGGGCUAAGACACAGAUUCACUCUGUGUAUCCUCUGCUUUAGAGGAGCACUAGCUCAGCUGAAUUGCUUCCAGCAUCACGGGAACCAACCUGGCUUUCAGGAUGCUCAUUGUUACUGGAGAUGCUUGAGUCAGUUCAGCCAGGGCUGAGGUUGAAGCUUCCACCAAAAAAAAGAGAAAGCAUGGCUACUGCCCUGCUAGGUAUUUCACGUAGGCUUUCUGCUACUAAACAUGCCCUGCAAGAGACAGAAUGGCUUUACACCCUGCUCUGUUUUGCAGCAACUCAAGAAGAGUUUGAAGCAGCAUGCUAGAAACUCAUUCACAUGCCCUCCUUCACAUAAGCUGUAUCCAGAGGGGCAUGAAACACGCUCUCAGGGUACAGCCUAAGGCUCAGACAGAUUGCAGCUUUCCUUAGCCCACAUCCAGAUAGUCUGCAGAUAUGCUAAUCAAGGAUGAAAAGGGUUUAUAUUUAUUUUCUCACCCUUGGAAAACAUUUUAAGACCUGUAAUAAUAAAUUCCCACACAAUAUCUGCAUUUGAAUUACUUGUUAUUUUCAUUAAGGAGAACCAAGACCUCCAUAUACUCAUGUAGAUGAAUGAAGAGAGUAGCGUUCCCUCUCUCUCUUCUCUCUGCUCCUCAGAUAUUUUCAUUUUCAGAUUAUUCUUAAACCCUAUAAUCUUGAAUUAGGGAAAUGCAUGUUUUUUAUUAUCAAUAGAAUUUUAGGAUUUUUUUUUACCAUGCUGAUUUUUCAUAGGUUUAUGGAUCCAUAAUCAUUCACGUCACAGCCUGAGGGAGAUGAGGCUGAAACAGGAUAAUAGCCCUUAAAUCCUCUUCUCUAAGCACUCAAAUCUUCCCUGUCAGCAAGAUUAAAACGGUCAACAGCAGUCUUCAUGUGUCUAUACCCCACAGUGAGCUUUCACAGCAACUGGAGUGGUAACUGGCAAGAGGAAAAAUGCAGAACUGCUGCUGUACUUGAUACCAGCAAAGAGAGAAGAAAGCGGGACUCUCUGUCCUAUUUGUGCCAGAAAGGACUGGCGCUAAUUUCUCAACCAGGUGAAUGAAAAUAAGGGAGAAGAGCAAGGAGAAAUAUUAUGUUGCAGUUUAACAUGAGGAGACAGUUUCCUUUCCUUAAACAUAAAGGAAGAGAGAGGGAAGUACCAAAUGUCCUCACGCAGCCCAACACGGGGAAGGAUAAUGAAGGUGUGUGUUUAAACAAGCAGAGUGGUUUUUCUGGUACUGCUUCACUGAGCUCCCAGCCCUUGCUGCUCCUUGGACCGGAGGGAAACUACAACUAUUACGUGGAUGAUGAAGAUGAGGAAGAGGAAGAGAAAGACCAAGGAAAAUGGCCAACAGGGGAUCCAUUUGAGGGAGAAAACAAGCUCUCAUCAUCCAUUCCUUUCUCCCCAGCCUUUUCCUCUAGGGCCCUGGCCAGGCCUUCCACUUCAUCCGUGCUGAACAUCAACGUUGGUGGCCAAAGCUACCGCCUCACCUACCAGGCAGUGGCCACCUAUCCCAAGACCCGCCUGGGCCGCCUGGCCACUUCCACCGACCGUCGCUGCCAGCUGGGCCUGUGUGAUGACUAUGCUGCCCAGGUGGAUGAGUAUUUCUUUGACCGUGACCCAGCUGUCUUUCAGCUGGUGUACAACUUCUAUGCCUCAGGGGUGCUGCGUGUGCGGGAUGAGCUGUGCCCACGCAGCUUCUUGGAGGAGCUGAGCUACUGGGGUGUGCGGCUCAAAUACACACCCCGUUGCUGCCGCAUCUGCUUUGAGGAGCGUCGUGACGAGCUGAGCGAGCAGCUGAAGGUCCAGCGUGAGCUGCGCUCCCAGGCAGAGGCGCAGGAGAAUGAGCAGCUCUUCCACCACAUGCGCUACUACGGGCCCCAGCGCUGGCGUCUCUGGAAUCUCAUGGAGAAGCCCUUCUCCUCUGUCACUGCCAAGGUGAUGGCAGUGGCCUCCAGCUUCUUUGUUCUCAUCUCCGUGGUGGCCCUGGCUCUCAAUACAGUGGAAGAGAUGCAGCAGGUAGACAAGAGGAGUGGAGAGAGUCGGCCUGUCCUGGAGCACAUUGAGACCCUGUGCAUUGUGUUCUUCACGCUGGAGUACUUGCUGCGCUUGGUCUCCACCCCAGAUCUGCGUCGUUUUGCCAGCAGCGCCCUCAAUGCUGUAGACCUCAUUGCCAUACUGCCCCUCUACCUGCAGCUGUUGCUUGAAUGCUUCACUGAUGACGACCAGCCCCGAGGUCGGGGCUCUCAGCAUGAGUACGAUAUUGAGAAGGUGGGACGGGUAGGCAAAGUGGGACAAGUGCUUCGCAUCAUGCGCCUCAUGCGCAUCUUCCGCAUCCUCAAGCUGGCCCGCCACUCCACAGGGUUGCGUGCCUUUGGCUUUACCUUGCGCCAGUGCUACCAGCAGGUGGGCUGCCUUUUGCUCUUCAUUGCCAUGGGCAUCUUCGCCUUCUCUGCCAUGGUCUACACAGUGGAGCAUGAUGUCUCCAGUACCAACUUCACCAGCAUCCCCCAUGCUUGGUGGUGGGCUGCCGUCAGCAUCUCCACCGUGGGAUAUGGAGACAUGUGUCCAGAAACUCACCUUGGCCGCCUGUUUGCGUUCCUGUGCAUUGCUUUCGGGAUAAUCCUGAAUGGCAUGCCCAUCUCCAUCCUCUACAACAAGUUCUCAGACUAUUACAGCAAGCUGAAAGCCUACGAGUACACUGCUCUCAAGAAAGAGAGGGGGAAGGUGGACUUCACACGGAGAGCCAUGAAGAAAAUCUCCGAAUGCUGUGGAGAAGGUGGAGCUCGCUCUUUGCCACAGCACGGGUAG